AUGCUGAUCUCCAACAAGUGCAAUGAGAUAAGACCAACAUGUUCGCGAUGUGAGCGAAGUGGUCGAGAUUGUGUCUAUCGUGAUGGGUUCGAAUCGGCGCACAGAGAUCAGCGAACUAUCGCAAAGACGUGUGCUGAGAAGAAGUGGAGACAGCGAGCCAGCGAGCCGCCUAUUAUGGGCGAAAAUUCAACCGUGAACAAGGGCUUGGCUUCCAAUCAGCAUCUUGGUACCCCAUAUGCAAGGCUUCACGAACCACUCCACCAACUUGCAUACCAGCGGUUUCGAUAUGACUUUGUCAUGGCUUCGGGGAAGAACUCGCCGGCGGAAGGAACGUUCUCAAGACUUGAUUUUCUGUAUCCGAUGGCACCUGAAGAUUCCUGCCUCUUUAGUGCUGUGACUGCAGUCUCGUGCGCAAACCUCCACGGCAGGCUCAAGUCGGAAGAAGCUCAACGCGCCAGUGGCUUGUACUACGGCAAAGCUCUACAGAGGUUAGCUGCGCUGAUGGCAAUGAGUCCAUCAACUGUCAAUAGCGACGAGAUUUUGGUAGUGAUUUUGGUGCUGGGUCUAUAUGAGGUGGGGUUAUCAAGCCCGGGAAACUUCUAA